AUGCCCGAUCUGGCCACACUGCACUCGGCAUCCUCGCUUUCAUAUCGCACGUGUAAAAUUCAAAUUAUGUCUAAAGAAUUAAAUCAUAAAGGUACCAUUACAAAAAAUCGACAUGCAUCAAAAUAUUCAAGAAAAGAGGAAACAUUUCUAAAACAUAUUUCUAUCGAACAAAUUGAAAAACUUUUGUGCAACCAAGAUUCAACAAAUAUAAAAUAUGUAGAAGGACAUCUACACAUUAAUCCUAAUUAUUACAAGUGUGCAUAUUUAUCUCCAUUUAAUGACCAACGUGAUAUAUUGAUCAGUGGUCUGAGAGAUAGAAAUCGUGCUUUUGAUAGGGACCGUGUUGUAGUCCGUAUAAAUCCUCCAGAAAUGUGGAAAACACAUUUGGAUGGACAAAAGCAAAAAACAGGUGUUGUUGUUUGUAUACGAAAAAAAGUACAUUCAAGAUCAACGAUUGGAUAUUUAAAACAACAAGGCACAUCUACAUUUUUGUAUCCCAAAGAUAAACGUGUACCAUUACUUACAAUAUAUCCAGAUUCAUUGCCAAAGAAAUUUGGAAGAUAAGAUAAAAACAAAUUAUUCUUAGCUACUAUAACUAAUUGGGUAAAACCUUACCUUGCAGUUGGAAAAAUUUUAAAGACAAUUGGGACUAUGGGUGAUAUAUCUACAGAGUUGCAUGCAUUAUUAUUUGAACGUGAUUUAGAUGUGACGCCUUAUAGUCAAGAAGUGAUAAAAGGUCUUCCAGAUAACAAUUAUGUAUUAACAGAAAAUGACAUAAAAGACAGAGAAGAUUGGAGAGAUGAAUGUGUGUUUACUAUUGAUCCUGAUAAUGCCACAGAUUUAGAUGAUGCAGUUUCUUGCAAAUUAUUGAAUAAUAAAAAUUAUGAAAUUGGAGUACAUAUAUCUGAUGUUACUCAUUAUUUAGAAUUUUUAUCUCCAUUAGAUAUUGAAGUUGCAAAACGAGCAACAACUGUUUAUAUGGCUGACAGAGUGUAUCAUAUGUUACCAAAACAGUUAUGUCAAAUAUGUUCUUUACUACCUGGUCAAGAUAAGUUGGCUUUUUCUAUUAUUUAUGAAAUUACAUCAGAUGCAAAGAUUGUCAAAUCUCGUUUUGCUAAAACUAUAAUAAAAUCAUGUUGUCAAAUGACUUAUAAACAUGCUCAAGAAAUGAUUGGAAAUCCUGGAAAUAAUUGGCCAGAUUACUUUUUAAAUAUAACUGGGAACUUUAGUCCUAAUGAUUUAUCAAUAAAAGUAAAUACUUUACAUGAUUUAGCUACUAAGAUGCGCAAUGAAAGGUUUAAAAAUGGUGCAUUACGAAUAGAUCAACCGAAAUUGCAUAUUGUACUGGAUAGAAUUACUGGUUUACCAAAAUCUUACCGUAUAGAAGUACAAAAAAAUAGUAAUAGAAGAGUUAUGUUAUUAUCUAAUAUAACAGUUGCUGUUCAUUUGUAUAAUACAAUUCCUAAAACUGCUUUACUACGUAAUCAUGGAGAACCUUUAAAAUACAUUCUCAGUGAAACUAAAGUCAUGCUACAAAAAUUUGGAAUUAAUUUAGAUAUUGAAUCAGCUACAUCUUUACAUGCUAGUAUUAAACGUUAUGAGCAAGAAUUGGAAUUUGAAUCUAGUGAUACUAAAUUAAAAAUGAGAAAAUAUAGAAUGAUGGUUAUCAACAAUCUUUGUUCCAAAGCUAUGCAUUGCGCAAUCUAUAAAUGCUCAUCUACCGCCAAAACGAAAGAAGAAUUGAAACAUUAUGUUUUAAAUGUACCAUUAUAUACACAUUUUACUUCUCCAAUCAGACGAUACUGUGAUUGCGUAGUACAUCGAUUACUUUAUUCGAUCAUAAACAAUAAGGCACUACCUAAGGAAUGGUCAGAAAAACUAUGCAGGAAAAUAGCGGCAAAUUGUAAUUUAAAGAAAUACAAUGCAGAAAUGGCUCAAGAACAAAGUAGUGAAUUAUGCUAUGCAUAUUUAAUAUAUUUGAAAGGUUCGAUUGUUACUAUGGGUAUUGUGUUAGAUGUAAAAGAACAGUAUAUAGACGUUAUACUAUGUAAAGUAGGUAUUAAAUUAAGAGUUUACUUAAACAAAUCAGAAAUUUUGGAAGCUUAUGAAUAUUCUUCAAAACGUUCGUUACCGACAAUAAGUAUUACUUGGAAACAACCUGCCACUACUCAGGUAAUCAAUAUUUUUACAGUAUUACCUUUGAAGAUUGAUAAACAUCCUAAAUUAUUUAAACUGACGGGUGUUAUUUUACCACCAAAUCAAAAAAUAAAAUUAUAA